AUGGCGGAAAUCAGAAAUAAGAAGGUGGUGGAAGAUGUUGCAAUAAUCGGAGGGUUGAUCGGAGUCCAAUUUAUCUACGCAGGGAACGCUUUUCUGAUGAGUUAUGCUAUGUCAUUAGGCCUUACCUCUCUUACCAUUGUUAUUUUCACUUCCCUAGCUACCUUCCUUGUUCUCUUCCCCGUUGCCUUUUAUUUUGAAAGGACUAAGUGGCCCAAGAAGUGCAAACUCAAGCUGAUUAUGCAACUCUUGUUUCUUUCAUUUGGAGGACUAGCUUUCCAGUGUCUGUUUCUGAAAGGAAUCAAUCUAACUUCACCAGCAAUGGGAACUGCAAUGCCAAACCUUGCACCGGGUCUUAUCUUCAUCAUGUCUUGGACUUUUGGGUUGGAGAGUGUAAACUUAAGGAACACACAUAGCAAAGUAAAAAUCUUAGGAACACUGCUAUGUGUUUUUGGGGCUCUCACAAUGAGCAUAAUGCAAAGCAUUUCUGCUCCUCCGGAAACCGGUUUUGAGGCUACAGUUCAAUCAUCAUCGACGCCAUUGCAGUUUGUCUUUGACAAGCACAAGAUGAUUGGCAGCCUCUAUCUUGUCGCUGCAGUCUUCAUACUGUCGAGCAGUGUCGUCUUGCAGGCUUUUGUUCUUGGAGAUUUUGCGGCACCUAUGUCCUUGGGUGCAAUAACGUCCUUGUUAGGGGCCUUCAUGACCGCAGUUUUUCAGUUACUUACAGAGCACCAAGUGAAAACUGAUUGGCAAGUUCUGCGUUUUAAAGACCUAAUUGGCUAUUCUUUUCUGGCAGGUGUAGCGAGUGGAAUAUGUUUAAGCUUCAAUGGUUGGGCACUUAAGAAGAAAGGACCAGUCUUGGUCUCCAUGUUUAGCCCCAUUGCUACAGUCUGCUCUGUCAUUUUCUCCUUUGUUACCAUGAGAGACACUAUUAAUUUUGGAAGCAUUGCAGGUAUGUUACUCAUGUUCACUGGCUUGUACUUAGUUCUUUGGGCCAAAGACAAAGAAGGCAACGCAAGAGGAAAUAAUGGCAAUGAGAUUGAGAAGGCUUUUUUAAGUUGAUUGUGUUUUCAAUUGUGCAAAUAGAUGCACAUGCUGUGACCAAGAUUGGAAAAGUUAAGCGUGUUAUGAAAACAGCGAUUUAACAUGAUAUAAAGAAGGGCAAAUAAUGUAGCUGACUUCCUUGCAAAACGAGCUGCUCUACAGAUUCGAACUAUGUCAAAUGACCGGUUUCAAAUGAUGAUUUUUUCGAAUUUGUCGUAGU